AUGGCCUCGCUCUACAUCGGUGUGUACAAGGCCUUGUACGACUACCCAGCGCAGGCCGAAGAGGAGCUUACGAUCCAGCAGGAUGAUUUGCUCUAUUUGCUUGAAAAACUGGACAUUGACGACUGGUGGAAGGCUAAAAAGAGGGUGCUUCCUGUGGGAGACGAGGAGGUCGAGGAGCCCUUGGGUCUUGUGCCUGCCAAUUACAUCGAGGAAGCUCCUGUGGUAAAGCAAUGCAGAGGUCUUUACGAUUACGACAAACAGACGGAAGAGGAGCUUAGUUUCAAGGAAGGUGAGAUCUUCAGUGUCUAUGAUUUGAAUGAUCCCGAUUGGCUUCUUGUCGGUGACUCUUCUGGCAACGGUUUUGGUUUUAUUCCAUCCAACUAUAUCGAGUUUACUGAUCAGGCUGCUCCACUUCAACCUACCGCCCAACCUGCUGCUCAGGCUGCUCCUGCUAGACAACAACUUCCGUUGGCAUCUUUUGCACCUCCCCCAGUACACAAGGACAGAGCUCCAUCUCGUCUGGCUGAGCCAGAACCACUUGAACCUGUGGAAAGGCCUAUAGAGACUAGACAGCCUGAACCGCAAGAGGAUAGACAACCAGCUAGACUGAACAGAUACCAGGCACCAUUGGAUGAUGAGGACGAUGAGGACGAUGACUUUGAAGAUGCUCUUCCGCCACCAAUGCCUUCUCGUCCUACUGGCGGUGCUGGCAUUGACACUAGCGCGAGAGGUUCUCGUCCUCCACUGGAACCAACUACUCCUUCUCGUGGUAGAGAAACUGAGGAUGUACCACAGACUCCGCCUAAGGAACACAAUUUCGAUGGUGAAUACUUCAGAUGGUACAUUGACGAGGUAGAUGGGCGUAAGAAGCGUCCUGUGGUGGUGUCUGUCGGUAACGGAUUGAUCAUUCUUAAACCUAACACUCAAAACCCUAAAAAGUUGAGACUUCGGUCUGCCCUGAGUCUCGAUAAUAACUGGAGAAUCCGUGAUUUGGAGCUGUUUUCGCAUGAGAAGAAGCACGUCUUCUUGAAGUUCCAAAACCCUGAUGCUGAAAUCGAGUUGCAUGCUGGUAGCAAGGAUGUGGCUGAAGCGAUCAUGGCUGUUUUGGGUGACCUUAAGGGCGCUGAGAACCAAAAGGGUUUGCGUGAAGUUGCCAGAGCUGCUCUGACAAAGACAUCUUCUAGCAACAAGAAGGUCGGUCGUCUCAUGUACGACUUCGAAUCCCAGGGCAGCGAUGAGUUGGCUUGUCAAGAAGGUGACGAGGUCCACAUUUUGGAUGACACGAAAUCGAGAGAAUGGUGGAUGUGUGAACGUCUUUCUGAUGGUAGAAGAGGUGUUAUUCCAUCUACCUAUAUCGAAAUUAUCGGCACCACGAACUUAGACAAGUUAACUGACGGACCAUCGAGGCGUAAGUCUCAGAAAUCUUCUAGCAAGGGCCGUGUGGUUGAUAAGAAGCAGAGAUACCACAGUCGUGAUGAAAGAGACAGAAUUAGAGAGAGUGACAGAGCUCGCAGAGACAAGAGAUCUAGCUCUGGAGGCGAGGACAAAAACAUGCCAAACUUCCACCGUGUCAGAACGUGGAUUGAUAGCACCGGCUCAUUUAAGGUGGAGGCUGAAUUUUUGGGUUGUAUGGAAGGAAAGAUUCACUUGCAUAAGACAAACGGUGUCAAAAUCGCUGUUGCCGCUACCAAGUUAUCGAUCGAGGAUUUGGAAUAUGUUGAAAAGAUUACUGGUACUUCUCUUCAGCAUUACAAGGAUGAAGUGGCUAAGCAUAUGGCCAAGAGAAACAGAUCUUCUGGAAGCGGUGCUCAUUCUUCUGGAGUGUCGCCUGCUAAGACAUCCUCCGUUGCAGCCAUCAAUGAUGUUGCUCCACCACAGCCAUCGAGGCCAAAAGCUACAACUGCUACCUCGCUGGGUGAGCCAGACUACGACUGGUUCGACUUUUUCCUCUCUUGCGGUGUUGACAUUGGCAAUUGCCAACGUUAUUCUAUCAACUUUGCUCGUGAGCAAAUGGAUGAGUCUAUCCUCGAGGACAUUACGCCUUCCUUGUUACGUUCUCUCGGAUUGAGAGAAGGUGAUAUUCUUAGAGUCAUGAAGCACUUGGACAACAAGUUUGGAAGGCAGAAGACAGGUGAUGCGCCAGCAACCUCCGGUGGUCUUUUCACGGAAGCGACCGGUGCUUUGAAGAAUAAUAGCUCGACCGAGGUUUCUAAAGUCGAUGCUAGUGCCUUACCAGCCCCAUCCCCACAAAAGGAGAAGGACGACCCUAUCGGUAAUAAGGCAGGUAAUAAGUUUGAGGAUGAUGCAUGGGCUGUCAAGCCAGCUGCUCGCUCUAACGAGGACUUCACUCAAAACCAGACUCCUUCAAAGCCACAGUAUACUGGAUCAUUGCAGGACCUCGUCGACAUCAAGCCUUUGGAAGCCAACAAGCCUCCUCAGACGCCAUCCAAGGACACUCCUCUGGGUCUUCCAUCUGCCCCUGCGUUGACUCCUUCCAAGACUGCCGCCAGUCCAGCUCCAGCCCAGCAGCCUCAACAGACACUGAGCCAGCAAAGCCAGAACCCAGCGUUGGUUCCACUUCAGAAGACUGGUGGUCAAGCUCCUCUUGUUCUUGUGAGAACUGGUGGACCUUUCGUGCCAAUGCAAACGGGAGGUUACAUGGCCGCCCAGCCAACAGGUUUCAUGCCAAUCACUGCUCAGCCAACGGGCUUCAUGCCAAUCCAACCAACGGGUUUGGGCCAGCAACAGACAUCUGGUAUGCUUCCUCUCAAGACUGGUCAAAUGGAGCAACUCCGGCCGGCACCUCCACCACCUACCUCGUUUGGACAAAUGCCUUUGCAACCAACAAGCUCAUUUGUUCCCUUGCAACCUGGUAACGUCACCAUGCCACAAACUACUUUCGGUCAGCAACCAACUGGUCAACCUACUGGUGGAUUUGGCCAACAGCCUACCGGUGGAUUCGGUCAGCAGCCACAGACCACCUUCGGUCAACAACCUACAGGAGGCUUCUCUCAGCAACCACCAACUACGUUUGGUCAGCAACCCACUGGAGGUCAAUUUGGUCAACAGCCACCAACCUCUUUUGGUCAACAGCCAACAGGUGGCUUCGGUCAACAGCCUCAAACAUCGUUCGGUCAGCAACCUCAAACAUCCUUUGGUCAACAGCCACAAACCACCUUUGGUCAACAACGCACUGGUGGUACAUUGGCUACGCAGGUUACUGGUGGUUUGAAUAAGUUUGUUCCACAGUCUUCUUUCGGCAGGCAAAUUACUGGUGGUGUCAUGCCCCAGACUUCAUUUGGCAACCAGCCUACUGGCGGUAUGCCCAACACAUCAUUUGGUGGGCAGGCUACUGGUGGUUUCCCACAAACGUCAUUCGGCAACCAACCUACGGGAGGUUUCCCACAGACUUCCUUUGGAGGUCAGCCUUCUGGUGGAAUGCCACCAACGCUGUUUGGAGCACCUCAACCCCAGGGACAACCAUUCACCUCGUUUGGUCAACAACAGCAGCCUCAACAGGGUUUCAAUAACAACAUGAAUCAAAUGACUAACAUGUUCCAAAACACUUCCAUUGGAGGACCUUUCCAGCAGCAACAGCAGCAACAACCUCCAACCAGCUUUGGACAAAAUUUCGGCCAGGGCCAGAACCAGUUUGAAGGUUUUGGUGACCAACCUUUGCAGUCGCAGCCAACUGGACUCGGUUUCGGUAAUGCACCAUUGCAGUCACAACAGACUGGCAGAAGAGCCAACUUGCAAGCUGCCACUGCUGAGAAUCCUUUUGGAUUUUAA